UGCGCGUGCACACAGCGGUGGAGCUCCGGGCCCCGCGCGGUGUUUUUCCAUGAGGAGGAGGAGGCCUCGCGACGGGCAGCAGCACCCGCACGGCACGCACGCUCCCUCCCGCGAGACACGCACGCUGCCUCCCGCACACAGAGCUCCGAGUGUGUAGGUCUGGAGACAGUGGACUCUUCCUCUUCAUCGCCCUCAUCCUCUUCCUCAUCCACCCAGGGACAGCUGCAGACCUGUGGAUCCUCCUGGCUGUCCGAAGAAGAACUCCAUGAGGGGACAGACGGGCAGUGAACUGAACUAACGGACACACUCCACCUCACGGGACAGCUGACCUAUAAAAACAUCAGCGUACAAUUAUGGAACACUUUCAAGAAACACUACAGACUCUUGUUUUUUUUAGUAUGAUUUAGUUUAUUGCCUAUUUAUGACUCUUUUUUUAUAUAUAUAACUUCCCACAGAAGCACUUGAAGGCUUCACUUCUCGAACAGAGAAAAAGAAAGUAUUGAGACAUUUUAUGUGAGAAAAUCAAAGCAUCGGCUUUUUGUUGGAUUAUAGCGGUUUGUUGGACGUUUUGGGGUCCCGGACUAACUCUGAAAAUCCAACCUUGUCAGUUCGACAAGGGGUCACUGCUGUUUUUCAGCGAUCACAGGCUCAGUGCACGUGGCAGUUGUGGCUACGUGUCACUUUGCCAAAGCUGUAUUGGAAGAUGUUCCAGUUCAGCAAGUACCCCAUGGACAUUUUAGAGAUGCUGAGUGGGCACCAGGCCCACCAGUUCAAAGGCCUGGGACUGGAGCGCCAGCUGAGCCACCAGCAGCAGGUCCAGCUGCAGCACCAGCAGCAGCUCCAGCAGCAGCACCAGCCGUCGGCCGACAGCUCCGGGAGCCUCCUGUCCGGCCUCGGCCUCGGCUCCCUCCAGAGCUCUCGGAGCAACGCCUUCGCCGACUCGUCGUCGCUGUUCGCCAAGAUGAGCGCCCCUCCCCCGCCCAUCUCCCACCAGAGCCAUACGUCGUCCUCGUCUCACAGCUCCCGGAAGUCCAGCAAGAUGAGCAGCAGCAGCAGCAGCGGGAGCUCGGGGUACCCCCAGUUCCUGCGGCCCUUCCACCCGGCCGAGGCGGCGCUGGCUCAGGAGCAGCUCCACUCGGGGAUGGGGCGAUUUGACUUUGGCGGGGGCAGCAGCGGGGGGGUCGUCACACCGGCCCCGCCUCCGCUGCAUCCGGGUCUCUCCGUCCCCCAGCCCACCCCCGGUCCCCCACGUCUCGCCUCGCCCUCCGCCUCAUCGGCCUCCAACAACCCCUCCGGCAGUACUGCGGUCCCCUUAGUCGGCCAGUCGGAUCCCCGCAGCCUCCACCAGCAGUUCAGCUGCAUGCUCGCCGCCAACCAGUACUUCCUGUCCGGCGUCCCCACCAACAGCAGCCUCGAGCAGUUCCUCGUCCAGCAAGGCACUCACAACCACUUGGGCCUGGGUCUGGGUCAGGGGUCAGAGUCAAACUCGGCCCUGGCCCCUCCCCCGGCCCUCCACUCCUCGCACAGCCACAGCCACGCCGCUCCACCGCCUCAGCAGCAGCAACAGCAGCACCCCCACGCCUUAUCUCACCCACACAGCCACACUCACCACCCGCACCCUCUCCACCCGGCUCCCCAGCCCCCGCUGGGUGGCUUUGAUUUCCAAGGCAUUCCAGUCCUGUCCUCCAACCAGAUCGCGUCGCUGAUGCAGCAGGAGGCCGGCCUUCCCCUUCCACUGCCUUUACACCUGUCCCUCUCCAAAGACGACGCCAAGACGGGCGACAGCUCGUCGUCGUCUGCCUCCAGCGGAGGGAGCAGGAGAAAGAAAGCAAUGGCGGGCUACCUGCCGCAGAGGAAAUCGGAAAGUAGCACCCAGAGUCAGGGCGGCCACAGCAGCAGCUCAAGUGGGCACAGUCAGAGCUCCUCAUCGGGCCUGGUGGGAGGAGGAUCCGGGGGUGUCGGGAUAAGUGGCAUCGGAAGCGAGCCGCCGCAUUCCUCUCUCCUCUCCUCGUCCUCGCAGCAGUCAUCCUCCACCGUCUCCUCCUCUUCGUCUGCUCCUCCCUCCUCCAACUCCACCUCGGUGCUCGUAGCCAACGGUAACCAACAGUUGUCCAAAUCCCAGGACAGCCACAGCAACAGCUCGUCUGGCCAGCCUGAACCAGAAGCCCUUUACCACUGUGGUGAAUGUGGUAAAACCUUCACCCACCUCUCCAGCCUUCGACGGCACCUCCGCAGCCACGGCCUGACGCCAGAAAGCCAAAGCAGGAAGUCGGACUGUAACUCGCCGAGCCCGGAGAGGGUUUUCUGCUGUGGCGAGUGCGGGAAGAGAUUUAAAAAGAGGGGUCACCUCAUCCAGCACAGCGUCACCCACUCAGAAAACCGGCCUUUUGCCUGCAACAUCUGCCAAAAGUCCUUCAACCGCCGGGAGUCGCUCACGAGACACGAGAAGAUUCACGACGAGAAGCCCUUCCGCUGCCCGGCCUGCGGCCGUUGCUUCCGCGAGAGCACCUCUCUGCUCAACCACGCCGCUUCAGGCGCCUGCGGUAAACCUCCUCGGAGUUCAAAAAACCGGGCCAACAGCGGAGGGAGCGGCUCGUCCAACCCGAGCGGUAGUAAAAUGGGAAACAGUGGGGGCCGAGUGGGAAUCCCAAACGAUGGGGCAGCAAUGACCAAUGACAAGUAUGCAACGGAUUAUUCCAGAAAUCGCUACCAGAGUCCGUCGACCUACAACAGCGGGGUCGACGACUACAGGCGAUCGCAGUCCUCGUCUCUGUACUCCUCAGAGAGUACGCUGGCCAGUGAAUUGAGCAGCCAGACUCUGCGUAAGGCCCCUUUAGCUCCAACUCUUCAUCCCCACCCACAGAGCCAGCAGCAGCAGCAACAGCAGCAGCACCACCACCACCACCACCAACCGCCGCAGCAGCCACACCUCCCCCUCUCCUCCCUGUUGGAUGAUUCGGAGGACGAGGUCACCAGCAGUGCGAUGUCGGCCAUCGCCGCUGCAGCCGCCGCCUCUUGUGAUAUAAACACAGAAGGCCGGGAAGGCGAGAGGAGGGAUAUCAUCGGAGGCCUGCUGGGGGGGUUGGGGUUUGGUAACAUGGGCGGGCCGUCGUCCACGUCGGGCCUCAACGGCUCCACCAUGCCUUUGACUCACCCCAGCCAGCCCCACAGCAAGCCCAGGAGGCCGAGGAAGCCCCGAGAGAAGAGGGACCCGAGCAACCUCGUCAGGAGGCGACGGAGCCCCGCGCCUCCGGGCGACGGAACCGAGAGGCCGUACAGCUGCCAGAUCUGCUGCAAGCGCUUCAGGAGGGCGGAGACGCUGCGGCGCCACAACCGCGUCCACACGGGGGAGAAGCCUCACGCCUGCGACGUGUGCGGCAAAAUGUUCCGCGAGCCCUUCCACCUCACCAAGCAUCUGACGGUGCACUCGGGUCAAAAGAACUACAAGUGCAAUCUGUGCGGGAAGAUGUUCGCCUACGCUCAGAGCCUAGUGAGACACGGGAAGCUGCACCGGAAAGGUGAGAUCGACAGCCAGGGGAGGAGGAUCAAAGGUGCUGCCGCCGCCGCCGCCGCUGCAGCCGCCGCCAUCAGUCAGGUCGCCACUUCGGGGAACUCUGACUACUUCUCUUCCUGCUCCCAAGGAGAAAAGUCUCCGACAUCCGGCACCCCGUCUCAGAGGCUCUACACCUGCACCGUGUGCUGGAAAUCGUUCCGGCACUAUUUCCACCUGACGGCACAUCAGCAGACGGUCCACGGCGGCGGGGUCGGCCUGGAGAAGUCCUUUCGUUGUGAAGUGUGCGGCAAAGCCUUCGCCUACUCCAACAGCUUAGUGCGCCACAAGCUGUCUCAGCACGGCAUCGACCGCAGCGGCCAGCGGGUCAACCAGUCUCAACCCUCCGGAUACUCGCCGCUCUUCUACGAUUCCGGAUCGGGCCCCAACUACGCCGGGUCGUCCCACAUGCAGCAAGGGAACCCUGGGCAGCAGCAGCAGCAGCAACAACAACCACCACCACCACCACAACAACCACCACAGCAGCAGCAGCAGCAACAACAACAACCGCAGCAUCCACAACAACCACAACAACCACCACACCAGCAGCUGCAGCACCCUUUUCACUACCGCUCAAAAAACUACCAAAAGCAGCAUGGACAAACAAGAAAGCAAAGGAAAAAAAGGCGUGUACUGAUCCACAGCAUCAUGAGAGACGGAAAGCUGGUGGGAGUCCCGCUGAGUAAAGACACCCGCAAGAAGCUGCUGGUCCUGAGGAAGAGGAGGGGCCGAUUGCAGGCCCAGCUCAACAAGAAGAAGAUCCUGGCCCAGCUGAGGGUGAAGGGCGGCCUGAUGAGGGUGAAGUCGUGGAGCGGAGGCGCCGUCAAAGUCACCGGGCUGACCUCCAUGGACGUCCCCAUCAAGCGCUUCCCCUGCCCCAUCUGCCCCAGCGCCACGUACGCCAAGCAGGGCUCGCUGCUGAUCCACCACGCCGUCCGGCACCCGCCGAGGAACAUGGGCCGCCACGCCCGUCUGCGCUGCCAGGUGUGCGGCCGGCGCACCAGCUCGUUGCACAAAGCCUUGAAACACCGGGGCCAGCACCUCAGACAGGCCAAGUUCCAGUGCCGCCGGUGCCGACACCGUUUCUGGAACCCGGUGCUCCUGGCCCGCCACAAGUUCUGCUGUCGGGGGCGAGCUCCGCGGGGAGCUGGGCACUGAUGAAGAUGAAAUCCCCGCCGCCACACGACCAGACAGAAAGUGACCGACCGCCAGUCCAGCUAACGGUCCCGGUUCUGGUCCAGCCUGAGAGAUCAACAGUUCUGACUGAGUUCAGUCAGUGAAAACAACAAACGAAACAAAAAAAAAAAAACAGUUUUCUAGACUAGAUUGUUUUGAUGUUUUAUUUUUUUUAAAUAAUCCAAGAAGCGAGCAAGAGCUAGCAAGUUUUUAACAGAACAAGACGGGACAACGGGGGUGGGGGGGGGGAGGGUUUC